GGCGCGUGCCCAGGCCCCGGAGGGGCGCGGGGCGCGCGCCGCGGCAGUUUGGGCGCGCGGGGCCGCCGUCGGAGCAUGGCGGCGGGCUCGGAGGCGCUGCGGGAGCGGCCGGUGCAGCUGGCGCUGGCGCUGGCCUUCGCCGCGGGGGUGCUGGUGGGCUGGCAGGCCCACCGCGUGCGCAGGCGCUUCCUGGCCUGGAGGAAGCGGCGGCUGCAGGCUCUGCUGGAGGCCGCGCAGAAGAAGCUGGACGUGGCCUGAGCGGGCCUUAUACAGAUGAAAGCUGACAACUGAAUGAAAAUAAUUGGACUCCAGCUGCAUUGGUAUCUAAACACAGUUUAAAAGAUGGACUUUUAAAACAAAUGCUUUGAUAAGCAACCGUAUUCUAAAAAAGAAGGCAUCUGUGGUAUCAUACAAUCUCAUUUGCCCAAACGGAAAUCAGCAAAAAUUAUCUUCAGAUGUAUCAGAAUAACCUAUCUACCAAAAUGUUAUGGGGUGAGAUAAAUUAAUUCAUAUGUAUUAUGACUGUGCAAACCUGUCACAUUAUGUUUUAAGGGUUUUUUGUGUCUGUUUUGCUUUGUGACUCUUAAGGCUCAUCCUGAGCUACAUUUGACCCUUAUAUUUUAAUAAAUUAAACUAAAAAUGAUAUAA